AUGGGUAGUUGUGUUUCAGUUCCCAAGGAGGACCUGUCAAAUGUGACCAAAGCCUCGAGUUCUGGGAGAUACACAAAGACCAAUCAAAAGUUAGGAUCUAGCCAGCCAUUGAGAGAAUCCCCAAAUGUAGGUAGUAAUAGCGUUAGUGGUGGUGGGAAGAGAUUGGGUGCUUCAACCGAGACUGAUGGUUCAAUUUCUGCUCGUGAGGCUGUAGCUAGAGCAGCGGAAGAACGGUAUUCUAAACAUCAAGCAAAUUUACAACUGAGUCUGCAAAAAUUAAAAACCAUGGCAGGGAAGAGUCGUGAAGAGAAGGGAUUGUAA